AUGGCAGAUGAGGUCGAUAUCGUUGCCGUUCUUCUUGAACACUGCCUGUUGAGUAGGAUCGGCGGGGAAGAUAUGUACGGCACGAGUUUUGCCACCAAGACAGACGUUCAUUGACGGCGAUACAAUCACCAUGGGUGGUCGCAUACCCAUCCUUUCAUAUUGAGCCAGAAGGGUGCCAACGAGUUCACCGACUCGUUCUUCUUCUCGGGCAUUUUUGGCACAACCAACGAUAUCAUUUUCAGCCACAUGAAUCACGAACAAGCCAUUAGGCUCUGGGCAAAUGGAGAUUCGUGACACAUUUUGCAGUGGAAUCGGUUCCUUGAGUAGCUUGAAAGUGACUGCAUCGAAUUUAGCAAUGAAUUUAUCGGUGAUGACCAGCGCUCGAAGAGAUGAUUUAUUGAAACGAUUGAAUUUCUGAAAGAACGUACUGAACAGUACUUUGGUGAAUGGAUUUGUUGUUCGCAGUGCUGCUAUCGCGUUACGAUAUUUGAGUGGGCUAUAACUGGGCUCUUCACUCUGAGCCAAAUAAUCGCCCUUCCAUGGUCGCGUAUAUCCCCAACGUUCUCGUUUACCAUUGAGAGCUGUGAAUGCGGCAAGUUUUUCCGGUAACGAUUCCCUCAGAUGUUGUGGCAUGGUGGCAAGAAUUGCAGCGGCUCGCCAACGUUGAUGCAUCACUUUCAGUUUACCCACGAACGGCGCCAACACAACCGGUGGUGUAGGCCACUGGACACUUUUUCCAAGAUCAGGCAUUUUACGGACGCCACUGAAACGACGAGAACUAUAGAGAAUAAGUGUUUUUUAGCGAGGACCUGA